AGAGCGGUGUUCCGGUCUAGUUGGCAAGACAGCAGUUGAACGAGACAGCCACUGCAUGCAAUGAUCUUACUAAGCAUCGUGACUGUAGUCUGCUUAAUUCGAGCCGGCCGAGCCUUCCCUCGCGGGGCUCCGGCCGAGGCCUGCGAAUCUCUAUUACCCCGGCACUUUGGAACGGAGCCCAAAGAUCCUCAGCAUUCUCCGUACUCCUUCCUUGCUUCUUCAAGUCAUUAUCACUACAGAAUGGAAGGAAUUCAAGUGCAAUUGACUGGUCCACGCUUCAAAGGAUUUUUAAUUGCUGCCAUGGAUCCUGACACCCAUGAAAGGAUAGGUCACUGGUAUAAAGUAAAAGGUACAAAAACGCUUCCUUGUUCAGCGAUCAGUCACGGCGAUCCGUUACCAAAGAAAAGAGUGAUCCUGCUUUGGAAACCGCCAAAAGAUAGGCCAAAAGGCGAAGUAAUUUUUGUGGCAACUGUUCUACAGUCGUACGGAAAUUAUUAUUCAGGUAUAGUUGCAGGAAUUCCUCCAUCUGAAGAACACGAAGAUGAACAUGAAGGACCUUAUUAACCACCGGUGUAAAUACAUUUGUGGGCAACUAUGUAAAAAUUUGAAAGAGCCAGUAACGUUGUUUUGUAUAGUCCUGACAAUAAUUUAAUAAUAGAUAUUAAAAAUUAUUCUUUCCUAA